CCUGGAUCCGACAUGGACGGAUACAGCUUCAUCGUUUUCUGCGAUUGAUAAUUUAAGCAGCGCUGAACAAACAAGUAUCCGCAUGAUGGAUGUCAAUCUGGGGUCUUCGUAUUAAGUUCUACCAGAACAAUGGUAUACAUGGAAUUGACAAGAGUGAAACUCUCUUGUAUCUUCUCCAAGCCAUUCCCGAACGUCAUUUCAUUCUUGCCAUGGCUUCUGCAAGUUCAAUGUCGCUGGAUACUGCAACUAUAAUAUCGACGGCGCUGGAAGGCAUUUUUUACGGCUUUUCGGUCCUCAUGUUUAUUGGCACCAUGUGGUCAAUGACCUACAAACAUUCUAUGCGAGAUGUCAAUCGCCCAGUCGCCACUGCAGCCGUCCUGCUGUUGGUAUUGAGUACCGCACACAUAGUCUUGAGCAUUAUUCGGGCCGAAUACGGAUUUGUGACGUACCAAGGUGUGCCAGCGGUGUACUUUGCAGAUGCUUCUCAAGAAACGUUCGUGAUCAAGAAUUCGAUAUACGUUCUGCAAACUCUGCUUGGUGAUGCGGUGGCGAUUUAUCGUUGUUACAUCGUCUGGCAAGCUGCCUGGGUCAUCAUUCUACCAAGCUUGCUGUGGUGCGGCGUCGCAGUUACUGGUGCUCUCUCAGUUUACGGCGAUUCCCAAACCAGCAGUACCGGAAUCAUAUCUGCCACAGUGAAUAUGGAAUGCAUGGGAGCGUUCUGUGGCCUGACACUUGCAGCAAAUCUGUCGAGUUCGGGAUUACUCGCGUAUCGCAUCUGGAAAAUCGAGCGCAGUGUCUCUUCCUCUCGCACUUCAAAGGUCAUGACCACGAGUAUAAUGCGUGUAAUAAUGGAUUCUGCUAUUUUGUACACCAUAGCGCUCCUCGCUACAGUAGCCGGAUCCCUCUGCUCGGGCAGUGGACCGUUUGUUCUGAUAGACACGCUCACUCCGAUCAUCUCAAUUACCUUCUACAUGGUAAUAAUUCGAAUCGCAAUCGGUAAAAACUCUCACACUCAGAUCUUGACUGUCCGUGGGGGGAUAACCAGUGAAACGGAACGGGGGAGCUCGUCGCAAUACUCUAUGAAGCCUCUGCAGGUCCACGUAUCCCGGUCCAUGCACACUGACAGUACCAGGGUGUACGGGACUUGGAACCAGAGCCGACCGCCGACGGGCAAGGAGUCUUUGGAUUUAUUAGCGAUACCCCUCGGUCGGUCCAAGGCGCAUAAUAGCGAAGAAGGAUCGCUGAUUUAAUAUAUGACUUGAAUUAAUCUUUGUACAAUUACUAUACCCCCUUCGCUUUCAUGAACAAUGGCAGCAAUCGUAGUGCUAUCGGUGUGGAUUAAUGAUUCCCGCCAGUAAAUUCAAG